AUGGCGUUCGAGGAUGAUUAUGCUGCUAGGGCAGAUGGAAAUACUGAAAUUUCUGUGAAGUACACGAACAAGGCUAGCUGUGUUGAGUACUGCAUUGGCAGAUUCAAAUACUGGCUGCGGAACGACGACCAGAAGAUAGUUGCACCGGAUGUGGAGUACACCUGGCCUCGUGGUCCGACACAGAUGGCGGCCGUGGUCCAGUUAUGCGUUGGCAUCUACGUCCUCGUGUACCACAUAAGCGUUGCUGAUGAGCACUGCAGGCUGCUUGCCGCCUUCCUGCUCGACGAGGAGUACACCUUUGUUGGGGUGGACAUCAACAAUGACGAGAAAAAACUCAAGCAUGUUGGUCUGGUGGUACAAAACUUUGUGGAUAUCCAGAAUAUGUGGAGAGUGCCUGAUCCAGUAACGAUUAAGCCAAAGUAUGGCUUGGCUAACUACGCUGGUUCCAUCAUCCACCACAGCUACAACAAGAUGAAGGACGCUCUCACAGAAGUCCGGAAGGAAGAAUGA